GAGGUGAGGUUAAAUCCCAACCGUUGGAUCAGCUUGAUAAAUAUCACCAUCUUCGUCGCGCCCUAAUAUAUGAAGCAUUAGCGCCGUCUCAUACUGAGGCUAUCUUCUACCUCUUCAAACCACUGAGACUCAAAAACCUCAAUAUCACCUUCAAGAUGGAUCAUACGAAGCUCCAGAAAAUGGCUGGUGCAGUUCGCACUGGUGGAAAAGGUAGCGUGAGAAGGAAGAAGAAGGCUGUCCACAAGACAACUACCACAGACGAUAAACGGCUUCAAAGUACCUUGAAGAGAAUAGGAGUUAAUGCAAUCCCUGCUAUUGAGGAAGUCAACAUUUUCAAGGAUGAUGUAGUUAUUCAAUUUACUAACCCAAAGGUUCAGGCUUCUAUUGCGGCAAACACAUGGGUUGUUAGUGGUUCUCCUCAAACGAAAAAAUUGCAGGAUAUUCUGCCCGGAAUUAUCAACCAAUUGGGACCCGAUAACUUAGACAACUUGAGGAAGUUGGCUGAGCAGUUCCAGAAGCAAGCACCUGGAGUAGGUGCUGGUGCAGCAGCAGCUGCCGCCAAUGGUGAGGAUGAUGACGAUGAUGUUCCUGACCUUGUUGAAGGGCAGACCUUCGAAGCUGCUGCAGAAGAGAAGCAAGCCUCCUAGAUAGAGGAGUUCGUUCCCAGAUGAUUUUGUUUAGCUUUUCUUUAUUUUUUCUCUUUACAUAAUUUUAAAAUGCUUGGGAAGAGUUCCAUUUUUCUCCGUGUAUUUGCUUUUUGCUAAUCUUUGUUCCCCCUACCCCAUCUUGCUCACAUGUAACUUCCCCGAUGAAUGGAUUUUCGAUUGCCUGCCCCCUCCCCCUUCAACUGCCUUAAUUCCUCUGAGUAAUGUUUUUCAUAUUUUUAAGGUGCGGAAUUUAUAGGAAAAAUAUGGGGAUUAAAGUUUAAGGUCAGCUUUGUAUUUGAAUAUGUUAAGGUAUGCUUAUUAAGUAAUCAUUUCCCCCUCUUCUCA